CGCCGUACCGCCGCCGCCUCACACUCUCCCCCACGGCGCACAAACGGGCAUUGGCUGGAAUCACCCACUGCCGUCGUACCCAGUUCCUCCGUAGUUGCACCACUUCCUCCACCCGCAGCCGGCCCGGAUUUAGUUAUAUCUCAUCCAAGCCCAUCGACAAACGGGCACCCGGAACCAAAGCAGAAAAGAAAGAAAAAGGAAAGACAAAGAAAGGGAGAGGAGACCAUGGCAGACCGCAUCGCGCAGCUCGCCACGCACCUCAACUACCCGCGCGGGCUGCUCGCCGGGCAGGUGGCCAUCGUGACGGGCAGCGGGCAGGGCAUCGGCGCCGAGACGGCCCGCCUGUUUGCCAACGAGGGCGCCAAGGUGGUUGUCGCGGAUAUUGACGCUGUCAAGGCCCAGGCCGUCGCCGACAGCAUCACCUCCUCGGGCGGCCAAGCCCUCGCCGUCCCCGGCGACAUCCUACAGGCCUCCUACGUCGACGCGCUCGUCUCGCGCGCCGCCUCCUUCGGCGGCGGCAAGAUCCACAUCAUCGUCAACAACGCCGGCUACACGUGGGACGGCGUCAUCCACAAGACCACCGACGCCCAGUGGGAGACCAUCAUCGCCCUGCACUGCACCGCGCCCUUUCGCCUCGUCCGCGCCGCGAGCCCCUACUUCCGCGUGCAGGACGGUGAGCCCCGCGCCAUCGUCAACAUCUCCAGCACCAGCGGCGUGCAUGGCAACGCGGGGCAGAUCAACUAUGCGCUCGCAAAGGCAGGCGUCACGGGCAUGACCAAGACCAUUGCCAAGGAGUGGGGGCCGCGCUUCGGCGUAAGGUGCAACGCCGUUGCGUUUGGGCACAUUGAGACGCGCCUCACGGCCGCGAAGGAGGAUGGCGCGUUUGUCGUCGGGCCCGGCGGCGAGAAGAUUCCCCUCGGCAUCCCGCAGCGGCAGCGCGACGCCAAGAAGGGCGGUGGUGCGGCGGACGGAAAGGAGGACAAGAAGGCGGCGGCACCAACCUUUCCCGACAUUCCCCUCGGGCGGCCCGGCUCGGCCACCGAGGCUGCGGCCAGCAUUCUAGCCGUGGCGAGCCCGCUGUUUUCCUACGUGACCGGGCAGACGAUUAUGGUGACGGGCGGGCGGAACAUGUAGAGGGAGGAGGUGCUGUGGGUGUGCGGGCGGUUCCUUGAUACGAAUGGGCGUGCGGCUACCUUGUACAUGGCCAGUUGAUUCAAAGCGGCGUUUAUAUGGCAUCGUGUGCCCGGUCCGUGAUUCGCAAC